AUGAGUCAGUUGUUGGGUCGUCAGGACUGUGCUGAAAGCCUCCGGAAAGACCUGGUCGACCUUCAAGCGGCUGUUGUGGACGUCUUCUCCAGAACCGGGCCGGUCCGCGUCCCCUCCUGGAAGUUCCCGGACAAGCUUUCCUGCAACCUGGACUUGGUGUCGCUGCUGGAGCAAUACGAUUUUGUGGAUGGGGAGGACGAAUAUAACCAGCACUCUCAUAUUGUUUUACUGGAGCUGGUGAUUGACAGGUAA